AGAGAGAGAGAGAGCAGAGCAGAGCAGCCAGCAGGGGGAAAGCAGAGGCACCAGGCGCACACAGGGAGAGGAAAAAGUUGGCGAAAAGGAGCUGGAGCAGCUCGCGCUCUGACUGGGUUUCUAUGCGCGAGGAGCGUUCUGGAGAGGCUUCCAGCUUCGUGCCGGAGUAGGAGCGACCCGAGGAGACGAGAGAGAGGGAGAGAGAGAGAGAAAGAGAGAGAGAGAGAGAGAAAGAGAGAGAGACCGACACACACAGAGAUGGAGCUGUACUGCCUCGAGGCAGACUCAGUGGUCAGAGCCCGUCCAGACCCGAACCUGCUGGCCGACGACAGGGUCCUGCAGAGCCUGCUGACCAUCGAGGAGCGCUUCCUGCCCCAGUGCUCGUACUUCAAAUGCGUGCAGAAGGACAUCCAGCCCUUCAUGCGGAGGAUGGUGGCCACCUGGAUGCUGGAGGUCUGUGAGGAGCAGAAGUGCGAGGAGGAGGUCUUCCCUCUGGCCAUGAACUACCUGGACCGUUUCCUGUCCGUGGUUCCGACCCGAAAGUGUCACCUGCAGCUGCUGGGCGCCGUCUGCAUGUUUCUGGCGUCUAAGCUGAAGGAGACGCGGCCGCUGACCGCCGAGAAGCUCUGCAUCUACACCGACAACUCCAUCAGACCACACGAGCUGCUGGAAUGGGAGCUGGUGGUGCUAGGAAAGUUGAAGUGGAACCUGGCUGCCGUCACUCCGAACGACUUCAUUGAACACAUUGUAAAGAAGCUGCCCCUGCCUGAGGAUAAGCUGGACCUGAUCCGCAAGCAUGUGCAGACCUUCAUCGCCUUGUGCGCAACAGAUUUCAACUUUGCCAUGUACCCUCCAUCCAUGAUCGCCACAGGCAGCGUGGGAGCAGCAAUCUGCGGCCUGCAGCUCAACAGCACAGACCGUUCGCUGUGGGGGGACAAUCUUACAGAACUGCUGGCCAAGAUCACAAACACAGAAGUUGACGUGCUGAAGGCGUGUCAGGAGCAGAUUGAGCGUGUGCUGAUGAACAGCCUGAGGGAGGGCCGCCGGCAGCAGCACAAGCAGCAGCAGCAGGACCAGGGCCCGCGCAACAAAGCCCUGGACGACCAGGACCAGUCCAGCACCCCUACCGACGUACGGGAUGUCAACUUGUGAGCUCGCAGAAGGAGCGGCACCUGGAUCUGGAUCCGUCUUCUAAAGGAAAAAAAAAACAACAAAAAACAAAAAUGACAAAAAAAAAACAACCCCAUCAAAAAGUGCUUGCUAGUCUUUGUAGUUUUUUUAUUCUUUUUUUGGAUAAAAAAGUUCCCUGUACAUUACGAAAGAAAGAAAUCAAAGAUAUUUUAGAUAUGAAAUAGAUAUUUUUGAAAUGAAUUGAUACUGAUGCAAAAAUCUCUAUGGUGCCUCAGAUGCAGAAGGGAAGCCUGUAGUAUUUUGCAAACUAUUUUUGAUUAUAAACAAAAAGGUGUAUUACAAAAAAAAGCUGUAGUUUUAAAAGGAUUUUUAAAAAUGCAAAAAAAAGAGUCAACGUUAAAGACUGGCAUGUAAAGGUACACAUUGCGGGGCUAUGUUUUUUUCUGUUUUGUUGUGUUUUGGUUCAUGUUCGAAAAGCCUGAGCUUGAACACACGCAGGGGUGCCAUGAAGCUGGUUAGUGGAUUUCCCCCGUUUGGCUGCAUGGUUGAGGAUGUUAACGAUGCACGGGCCAGUUGAGGCGGAAGGCUUAUGCUGAGAAUGUGAUCGGUUUCUGUUGGGACAAGGAGCCCUCUGGGUGAAGAUUUGGUUAGAUAUGGUUAAGGUCAGCAUUACUUGUCGACAGAUUGCACAUGGAAUCAACGUGGCUCAAGGUGAAAACAGCCUGUUUUUCAAUGUAUCAACCAAAUUUGGCACAAAUUUCAACAGAUUUGCCCAGUGUGGGGGGGACGAAUGUCUUAAGAACAGGCUAUUAUUAUUAUUAUUAUUAUUAUUAUUAUUAUAAUUAUUAUUGUUAUUAUUAUUAUUAUUAUUCUAUCAGCAACUUAUUGUCUCUCAAUUCUCAAAAUACAGAGACUCCAAUAAGCUUUUGUCAGGCUGCUUGUGUGUGCAUGCAUAUGUAUGGGUACAUGUAAGUGUGUGUCAGAGAGAGAGUGAGAGGCUGAGAGACUGGGUGAGCGAGAGAGAGAGUUGUGUGCUUCGUUUUGGUUAACUAUCUGCAAGCGUGCGGUUCAGGAUAGGCCGUGAGGAUUAGACAGGAGAUAGCGCUUUUUGCCUGCUUCGGAGGGCCACGGGCCGCCUGUAUCACUGCCUUCUAUUCAUGCGCUUUUAUUUUAGUGGCCUGGGACAUGGGGCUGAGCCCAACCCAGCGACCGAGAGGAGACAAGACACAGAGAAGGAGAGAGGGAGGAGAGAAGUUUCCAUAUCAAAAGGUGUGAUGGAGGAGGUUCUGUCUCUUUAAAGAACCAACCUCCUGCUAUAUUCCUAUACAAUCUAUAUUGUGAGGUUUUUUUUGUUUGUUUGUUGUUUUUUGGCUCGUCACGGUUUUGAGUUGAAGGAGCCCGAGGCUGCUUUGAUUGUCACUCAAUGAGGUGCUAGAGCAGAAUUAGGACUUGCAGAGUGUGGAUCCCUACAUGCAAUCGAAGAAAGUGCAGGGUGGUGUGAGAUUUCGUGCUCAGCUGAGGAGCACGAUGGUGGUGGUGGUGAUGAUGAUGAUGUGGGUGUGAGGAGAGAAGCUUGCUGCUGCUGAGGUGGACAUAACAGUGGCAUACAGGAGAGGCGGAGGCCAAAGGAGAAGAUCAGACGUGGUUUCCUGGAGAUCGUUGCGAUAUUUAAGUUUGUUUAUUUUAUUUUUUUUCAAAUCUGUUUGUUUGUUCGUCUGUUAAGUUCGUUUUUGUGUCUGUCUUAGGUUUUUGGAUUACAGACCAGUAUCUAAACCAGUUUGAAUCGACACUGCCAGCUAAAUAGUGGGGAAGGUGUCACACAGGGAAGCUGAAUUGAGUAGAGGAACGUUUUUAAUUUAAUUUAAUUUUUCUGAUCGGUGCAUCUGUAGUUCCUCGGUUUCAACAGCAAAGCACUUUGAGCACAUACCCACCCACAUAGGAUCACGGUGAAGGGGUCUUGGCUACGUACGUGUACCAGUUUUUUCGCACGCAGACUGGUCUCCAAUGUUGAAACCGUGGCAUGCUAUGUGGGCCCAAAACAUUGGUACACCGUUGAUAGCCAGUGUGGACAUUCCAACGGCAAAAAUAUAAACAUUCCGAAAAAUUUUGAAUUGAGGGAAAUGACCAUUUUUAACCCCCCCGUUUUCUCGUGAUUUUGUUUGCUGUUCAGUUACAUGCUAAUUGGUUGUUGUGCAUUCAUAGAUAGUAAAUUAAAACCUUGCAACGUCAGUAAUUUGCACGCAAGGGCAGAUAUUGUCUAAUUUAUAGAUGAACUGGUGAAGCUGCUCUAUUAGAGAAAAAAAUUUUGUUUCAUAUGGUGCCUUUAUUCUUACUGAUGCGAUGAGUGAUGCGCUGCCCUGCGUCUCUGCGCAUUGGUCUAGCCUAUAAAGUCCACUGUCCAGUCAUCUCCUUUACAAAACCUGCUGCUUCCAAAGGUUGGACUGGCACUGGAUUUGAUACGUUCCAUGAAAGACAAGACUAUGGUGACGCAGUCACUCAUGCACACGCCUCUAGAGAGGGGGCGGUCAGGGGCAGUCCACCUUUGUUUGUGUAGUCUGUGUUUCUGCGUCUUUCUGUGGGUGAAGGAGACGGUCUGCUCAUGAAUUCCCUUAAAUUCUCCAUAAAUCCUGAUGAGUUCCAAAAGGCGCUUGGGUUCCCUAGGUCGGGUUCUUUCCAUUUGCCCACCAAAACAGACCCUUUGUCAACUGAUUGUAUGAUGUUCUCCUGUCUUGUUCCCUUCCCCAGCUCUGCUCUGAAAAAUGAACUGUAGUACUGUUUUUUUUUAGAUCCUAUGGGUGGCUAUGUGGUUUGAUUUUUUUGGAUAUGGACCGAAAUUGUACUUCUUAAGGGUUAAGAUACUGUAUUCCAAAGUGAAGAGAGGUAGAAGUGGUUGUGAAGACAUCAAUCAAGUGUCAAUAUUUUUUAUUGAGUUAUUAUUAUUGUUUUUUUUUUCGCUGCUAAAAAGCUAUGAUUUUUGUUUCAACUUAUACACAAAAAUAACAUAGUUGUGAUGUCACUUGAGUGUGCUGCUAUUUUAUAAACAAUUGUAUUAUAAUUAUUUUACUGCUUACAGAAUACUUUGAGAAUGCAGAAGUAGAGGGUAAUAGAAGAUCAUGAAAUGAAACGAGUGUUCGACUGGAAAUGCUCUUUUUGUACAGUGUGCUCUUAAGGCAUGAUUCUUUUCCUUCUUCGUUUGUUUUUUUUAUCUCUCGUUUUCCUGCUCUCCUACUUUUUCCCUGUCACAGUCUGUAAGUACGGUAUGUCUAUACCUCAGGUUUACUGGACAAAAGAAAACAAAUCUCUCAGUACCUCACAACUCAUCACAGUUUUUUGGGAGCCGACGAAGGACAGCGUACAGUAGAGAUUCCGAGGGACAGGACUUCUGUCAAUGCUCUCCUGUCAGUGGACGUCACCAAGCUCCCACCUGGACCAUAGUGGAUGGAGGGGUGGAACAAAAGUGCCUAUUCCUUCAGAUGUUAGAACUGAGCUAAACACAAAUAUUAAUAUCUUUGCAUCUGGAAUGUUUGAAUUAUGUACGUGACUCAUGUUUGGAUUGUCUACAAGCAUCGUUUUCAUUGUAACGUCUCGAUGUGUAUGAGAAUCCCAUGUUUGUUGAGUCGCACUUUGCUUCGUCCUUAACGCACCUGCCAAGAUGAUGUUUUUCAGGUGUGCCGAAGUUGCCUUUACAUUAACUGCCCAUUAGAGGCCUCACUGCCGUAUUUCUGCCUUCAAAAUACUCUUUAAGCAUUUAAGUGUCAAAAAUGACCAUAUGGAUUCUGUCUCCUCCCUCCACUAUGACAUUAUCAUGUACCUCAAUUAUGUCUGUUGCACAACCUCUGUUCAAUAAAUAUCUGCUUCAAAGAG